AUAAUUCAUAAAAUUAAUUACAAACUUUAAUUUUAGAAUAAUAGAAAUGUUUUUUUGAUUAUUGAAACUUUCAAUUUUAGAAUAAUAGAAAUGUUUUUCACUUGUACGAAAAAAUUCUCCGGGAAAAACGAAACAUCCUAAAAUGUUGUAUGAAUCAGAAGUAAAAAAGCCACUGUAUUUCAUUCCAGGGUAUACAGGUUUUUGUCCUGAAUUGGCAGAGCAGGUUGGACGCUCUUAUGGUAAACAAACUCAUGGAAUUAUUGAAAAAUGUUAUGCCCAACUGGGGGAAAGACUUUCUGCUACAGCAUGUAAAUCAUGCCCAAGGAAAGACAUUUCACUUCAUGACAGCAAUAUAAGGAGGAAUGCGAGACUUAUUCAUCACUAUCAGAAAUCUCCGUAUUUGUAUAAUUAUGAUGUAGCAAAUACAGUUCAAGCAGCAGGAUUACCGUCUGGAAUGGAAAAUAGACAUAUAGAAAAAGGAUCAGGAGAUGCUGAUAGGACAUUUUCUUCUCCUGAAUCAUGCAACUGUGGUGCUUUAAAUGUUGAACAAUACCUUCAAUGUAGCUGUAAUGACAACCAAGUAAAUGAAAAUACUUCAGGUUAUUGCUGUAUAGAACCCCUAUCAUUCCCACCUCAUUCAAAGAGCAUCAAAUUCACAGAAAAAAUUUAUAUUCCACCUUAUGUUCAAGUGUCAGAUCAGCAAAAAUACACUAAAGAUUACUGUUGCUGCCAUUCCUUUCCAAAUUCAGCUUAUUUUAACAGACACGAGUAUUCGAAUUUUUGCCCUGUUGGGUCCGAUACAAAGUGUAACAAUCAUGUCCAUUUGAGCUCGUACGUUCCGCAUUCUUCAGUUUCCAAACGAAGCUUCGCAAAUCUAAAUAAAAGACACUUGAGCAAAAGAAUUAAAGCUAUACCUAAUUAUACAGGUUAUAUUACGGGUUACCAGUGGGCUGUUGGAGAAACAUUUGGUAAAGCUGUUGAAAGACUUAUGGGUAAAAAUACUAAACACCUGAGAAGUUACUUAGAAGGUCAUUAAAACUAAUCUCCCCCGUAGAGCCUUUCAUACUCUGACAAUUCUGCUACUUUAGAUUUUGUUUCAUGAAGCAUACAAUAGCAAUAUUAAAAUGAUUUUAUA